AUGGGAUUUCAGGUGUCUUAUAUACUGAUCCUAGUAUGUAUCCUCCGUGGUUGUUCUGCGGUUAUAAUUACAAAUGAAGAAACUGUCUAUGCUUUGGCUGGUAGCAAUGUGACUCUAAAAUGCAGCAUCUUGCAAGGAAAAGAAACCCAUGUAACACAGAUUCAGUGGUCUAAACCUGCUGAUCGUCAAUCAAGAAUAAUAGCUGUAUAUAACCCUCUCUAUGGUACAAAAUAUACUGAAGCGGCCUAUAACAAUACAGCAAGUUUUGAGAAAGGCUUCCGUGAUUGUUCAACUGACUUCAGCAGGACUUUCAAAGAGGUUAAUUCUGUAGCAAACAACCUAGAAUGCAACCACUGGGUUCUACAACUGAAGAAUGUCACACUUGAGCUCUCUGGCUCCUAUGAAUGUAUCUUUACCACAUAUCCAACUGGAACAAGCAGUUCAAAAAUACGCCUUUUUGUUAGGAAAAGAGAUUACAAGACUUCUGUGCUACAAGCUUUAUACAACCAGUCCUUAGAAAUUCCAUGUGGGAACAAUACGCCUCAUUAUAUAAACCUAACAAAUGCUUCUGUAACGUGGUUAUUGCAGAAAGAAAAUGGAAAUGAAGAGAUCCUAAUCAAGAAAACGUCCUAUUACCUUCAAGGCUAUACAACCAAUCUCACUGUGUACAAGGACAGAAUCCAAAUGAGUUCAAAAAAUGCGUUAUUGAUUUCUCCGGUGACAGUUAUUGAUGAUGGAAAGAAGUUUGUCUGUUCAAUUGCCACUCUUUCUGGAAGAAUUCAGGAAAGUGCCACUCAAGUGAAAAUAUUUGCAAAACCAGAAAUCUCUAUUGCGUUCCAUACAGAUUCCAAAGGAAAGGCACAGUUCACAUGCGUGAUAAAGAAGGCAUAUCCAAAGCCAAAACUUAUGUGGUACAUGGGUGGAAAGAUUCUGAAUGAAAAAUCUGAAGGUUUAUUAAUUGAAAAUAAAAAUAUUAACCGAGUAGGAAGUUUUUAUGAGAGGACAUCAUUCUUGUCAAUAUGGAAUAUAACUCAUUCAUCCAUUAAUCAAGCCUUCAAAUGCAUGUCUGCAUACCACUUCACUAGAAAGGACAGAUGGAAUUGUUCAUCUAAAGAAAUAUUUAUUCCUCAUGGAUUUCAGAAUACAUCAUUGGCAUAUUCAGAAUUCAUUAGUCACAUUCCUGCCAUUUCAGAUUCACCCACAGAAAAAUACUUGCAUUCUACUAAAACCCUGCAAAGUGAUACUACCACAAAGUUAUUCAGUGACUCCACAUUACUGCAAAAAAUCUUGCAUUCUACCAAAACUCUGCAAAGUACUACCACUAUUAUGUUCCUCCAUGAUUCCACAGUACCACAAAAAUCCUUGCAUUCUAUGCAACCCUGGCAAAAUGAUGCUAUUACUAUGAUGUCCGGUGAGACCACGGUACCUCAAAGUGACUCCACAAUACCACAAAGGCUGAAGAAUUCCAGGGUAACAACCCACCAAAAUGCUGCCACUGUUACUCAUUUCCAGGAUAACUCCAUACCAUCACAACGUUCUACAAUGGUUCCAAAACACAGUACAUUUCCCUGGCCAGGAGUUGUGACAUUUCUGCUUCUCUUCUGCACGUGCUUAAUUAUUUGUGUGAUCAGAAAAUGGUGUCAGCAUCAAAGAAAAAUUAUAAACAAACCUCCAUCUUUCAAGCCACCUCCUCCACCAGUUAAGUAUUCCUCCAUCCAAGUCUAUAAUGAAAUUUACUCAUCCAGUGAUGAAUUGGAAAAUCUGAAAUCGGCCUGAAAAUCUAUUAUGAUCCAGCAUCAAAUGGCGUGCUUCUACUGUAUGGCUUUUAUAAUAAGUGGCAAGCGUGGUAGUGACGCACAUUCCCAUUUGGACCGCUUAAUCUUGUAUUUCUGCUAAAGUAUAUGACAUUUAGUAGAGUCACAAACCCAGAUUGCCUUUUGUAAUUGGCACAUAAUGAAAUCAAACAUAUGGCAAAUGAGAGCUAGUGAGCCUUGGCAGAGGAACACUGAGUCUGUAUUCAAUAUACAAAUGUAAUUCAUUGUUUGAAAGACUAUGGAUGCAUGAAAGACUAUAUGUAUGAUAUCAAUAAUCUCAACUAUGUUUCUUUACCAUCUUAUAGCUACAUGUUUGCUAGAGUUGCGAUGCUUGCAA